AUGUCUGCUCCACUAGUCCAAAGUCCUCCGUUGACAACAACCAUAACACUUUCACAGGCUAGUACACAAACGCCACAGAAACUUCACAAACGCGCUCGUUCCAUCGAAAAUCGUAAAAACUCGUUUUACGCACAAGACCGUCCCGUCUUUUUGGACAAGCGAUUGUUUUCCACUAACGUCCAACUCCCAAAGUUGUCGUCGACAUAUACUUUACACAAGCACGGAAGACCAGAGAAAGUCCAAACGGGCCAGAGCUUCUCUAGCACGGAGGUCGACCCCCUCCUUCACAAUUUGAUCUAUAAGUGUGGAAGGCACAACUGUGGGACGUCGCAAACGAUCGGGAAGCGUACGACGAUGGAAGACAUGUUGAUUGUAGUAGGUGGUCUAUUUCCGUCGAUUGAUUAUUACGCGGUUUUUGACGGUCACAAUGGGGACCAAGCCUCUGCAAUUGCGGCGUGUAAUUUGCAGAGGAAGUUGUGUGCGGACUUGGUCAAGGGUGAGGGAUGUGCGGAACACUUGAAACGAGCUUUUAGUGAGUUACAUGAAGAGGUCUGUCAACAGACGGAGAGUGGGACAACGGCGUCAGUUGUAAUAGUUCGGGAGAGUGAUGUAGUGUUCAGUUUGAUAGGCGACUCUCCGGUAUAUAUUCUGAGUGAACACAAAAUUAAACGAAUUGGGAAGGAUCACAAACCAGAAGACAUCGAGGAGAAUCUGAAAAUAAUGAGAAACGGUGGGAAAGUGACUAACUGCGGCGGAGUGCUGAGGGUCAACGAGAAAAUAGCAAUCACUCGGUCAAUCGGGGAUAAAGCACUCCACCCACCGUUAAGCUGUGAACCGGAUUAUUUCAGUGUACCGAUUCAAAACAUUCAAAAGAUAUUAAUCGCUUCUGAUGGUAUUGCGGUGUUGUCAGAAUGUGCACUAGAACAAAUCAUGAAUGACACACUACAACCAGAAGAAAUCUCCCGGGUUAUUCGAAACAUCGCUUAUGAGAAAGACAGUGGAGAUAAUAUAUCUGUAAUUGUGAUUGACCUUACGUCAUAA